UAACAAGAAACCAGAUUCAGAAACUAGUGCUGCGAAGAAAAAGGUUAACAAGGGAAAGGAAGGUUCUGAAAACUCAGAUUUGGAAAAAACUCCACCACCAUCACCUCAUCCUGAAGAUGAAGAUGAUCCAGGGGUUCAGAAGCGACGCUCCAGCAGGCAGGUGAAGAGGAAGCGUUAUACAGAAGACCUGGAGUUCAAGAUUUCUGAUGACGAGGCUGAUGAUGCUGAUACUGCUGGAAGAGACUCUCCUUCAAAUACUUCUCAGUCGGAGCAACAGGAAUCUGCUGAUGCUGAAGGUCCUGUUGUGGAGAAAAUUAUGAGUAGCCGUUCAGUCAAGAAAAAGAUGGAGAAUGGAGAGGAGGUAGAAAUAGAGGAAUUCUAUGUAAAGUACAAAAACUUUUCUUACCUUCAUUGUCAGUGGGCAUCUGUGGAAGAGCUGGACAAAGACAAGAGAAUUCAGCAGAAGAUUAAGCGGUUUAAGGCAAAACAGGGCCAGAACAAAUUCCUUUCAGAAAUUGACGAUGAGCUUUUUAAUCCAGAUUAUGUGGAAGUUGAUCGAAUAAUGGAUUUUUCACGUAGCACAGAUGAUAAUGGAGAGCCUGUAACACAUUAUCUGGUGAAAUGGUGUUCACUUCCUUAUGAAGACAGCACUUGGGAGCUCAAGCAAGACAUCGACCAAGCUAAGAUCGAAGAAUUUGAGAAACUGAUGUCUAGGGAGCCAGAAAUGGAGCGUGUGGAGCGACCUCCUGCCGAUGACUGGAAGAAAUCGGAGAGUUCCAGGGAGUAUAAAAACAAUAACAAACUCAGGGAAUACCAGUUGGAGGGAGUAAACUGGCUUCUUUUCAAUUGGUACAACACACGAAACUGCAUUUUAGCAGAUGAAAUGGGGUUGGGAAAGACUAUCCAGUCCAUUACGUUUCUCUAUGAGAUAUAUUUGAAAGGAAUCCAUGGUCCUUUCUUGGUUAUUGCACCAUUAUCUACAAUUCCCAACUGGGAGAGGGAGUUCCGCACCUGGACAGAGUUGAAUGUGGUUGUGUAUCAUGGGAGUCAAGCAAGCCGGCGGACCAUUCAGUUGUAUGAAAUGUAUUUCAAAGAUCCACAGGGUCGUGUGAUAAAGGGGUCCUACAAGUUCCAUGCCAUUAUUACAACAUUUGAAAUGAUCUUGACUGACUGCCCAGAGCUGCGUAACAUUCCAUGGCGUUGCGUGGUCAUCGAUGAGGCCCACAGGCUGAAAAACAGGAACUGUAAGCUUUUGGAAGGACUCAAGAUGAUGGACCUGGAGCAUAAAGUGCUGCUUACUGGAACCCCUUUGCAAAAUACUGUAGAAGAGCUAUUUAGCUUGCUUCACUUCUUGGAACCAGGUCGCUUCCCAUCAGAAACCACAUUCAUGCAAGAAUUUGGUGAUCUGAAAACUGAAGAACAGGUGCAAAAACUCCAAGCUAUUUUAAAACCGAUGAUGCUGAGACGUCUCAAGGAGGAUGUAGAAAAGAACCUGGCCCCCAAAGAGGAAACCAUCAUUGAAGUUGAGCUGACAAAUAUUCAGAAGAAAUACUAUCGUGCUAUUCUUGAAAAGAAUUUCACGUUUCUUUCCAAGGGUGGAGGUCAGGCAAAUGUACCUAAUCUUUUAAACACUAUGAUGGAACUAAGAAAAUGCUGCAAUCAUCCAUACCUUAUUAAUGGUGCUGAAGAGAAAAUUUUGGAAGAGUUUAAAGAAACACACAAUGCCGACUCUCCAGAUUUUCAGCUCCAGGCAAUGAUCCAGGCUGCUGGCAAGCUAGUACUGAUUGACAAGCUGCUGCCAAAACUGAAGGCUGGUGGCCACAGGGUGCUUAUCUUUUCCCAGAUGGUGCGCUGCUUGGACAUACUGGAAGACUACCUCAUUCAAAGACGGUACCCAUAUGAACGAAUUGAUGGCCGAGUAAGAGGCAACUUGCGUCAGGCAGCUAUUGACAGGUUUUCAAGACCUGAUUCUGAUAGAUUUGUUUUCCUGCUGUGUACAAGGGCAGGAGGCUUGGGCAUUAAUCUUACUGCUGCUGAUACCUGCAUCAUUUUUGAUUCAGACUGGAACCCCCAAAAUGACCUCCAGGCUCAAGCACGAUGUCACAGAAUAGGACAGAGCAAAUCAGUGAAAAUUUACAGGUUGAUAACAAGGAAUUCUUACGAAAGAGAAAUGUUUGACAAAGCUAGCCUGAAGCUUGGCCUUGAUAAAGCUGUGCUACAAUCUAUGAGUGGAAGAGAAAACGCUACAAAUGGGGUGCAACAGCUUUCUAAGAAAGAAAUAGAAGAUCUUCUUCGAAAGGGGGCAUAUGGUGCUCUGAUGGAUGAGGAAGAUGAAGGGUCAAAGUUUUGUGAAGAGGAUAUUGAUCAGAUUCUCUUAAGGCGAACGCACACAAUUACUAUUGAAUCUGAAGGAAAAGGCUCAACGUUUGCAAAGGCUAGUUUUGUUGCAUCUGGGAACAGGACAGACAUUUCCUUGGAUGACCCUAAUUUUUGGCAGAAGUGGGCAAAGAAAGCUGAGCUGGAUAUCGAUGCUUUAAAUGGAAGGAAUAACCUAGUUAUUGAUACACCAAGAAUAAGAAAGCAAACCAGACUCUACAGUGCAGUCAAAGAGGAUGAGCUGAUGGAGUUUUCAGACCUGGAAAGUGAUUCUGAAGAAAAGCCUAGCACAAAGCCCCGUAGGCCUCAGGACAAAUCACAAGGUUAUGCAAGAAGUGAAUGUUUCAGGGUGGAGAAGAACUUGUUGGUUUAUGGCUGGGGUCGAUGGACUGACAUCCUCUCACAUGGGCGCUAUAAACGUCAGCUAACAGAACAAGAUGUGGAAACCAUCUGCCGGACUAUCCUGGUAUAUUGUCUUAAUCAUUACAAAGGGGAUGAAAAUAUCAAAAGUUUCAUCUGGGAUCUGAUCACUCCAACUGCAGAUGGGCAAACUCGAGCUUUGGUUAAUCAUUCCGGUCUGUCUGCACCAGUGCCCAGAGGGAGGAAAGGCAAAAAAGUAAAAGCUCAGAGUUCACAGCCAAUGCUGCAAGACGCCGAUUGGCUCACCACCUGUAAUCCGGAUGUAUUAUUUCAAGAAGACAGCUAUAGGAAACAUCUCAAACAUCACUGUAACAAGGUCCUGCUGCGUGUCCGCAUGCUCUACUAUCUACGACAAGAAGUUAUAGGGGACCAAGCAGACAAGAUCUUAGAGGGUGCUGACUCAAGUGAAGUAGAUGUAUGGAUACCUGAGCCCUUCCAUGCUGAAGUUCCUGCAGACUGGUGGGAUAAGGAGGCGGAUAAAUCCCUUUUAAUUGGAGUAUUCAAACACGGUUAUGAGAAGUACAAUUCAAUGAGAGCUGAUCCAGCACUGUGCUUUCUGGAACGGGUCGGCAUGCCUGAUGCGAAGGCCAUAGCUGCUGAACAGAGAGGGACAGACAUGUUAGCAGAUGGCGGUGAUGGUGGUGAAUUUGACAGAGAGGAUGAAGAUCCAGAAUAUAAGCCAACCAGAACUCCUUUCAAGGAUGAGAUUGAUGAAUUUGCAAACUCACCUCCAGAAGACAAAGAGGAGUCCAUGGAAAUACAGACAAACAAGCACAGCGAAGGCAAUGCUGAGUUAGGCCAACUCUACUGGCCCAACACUUCAACCCUGACUACCCGUCUGCGUCGUCUCAUUACUGCCUAUCAGCGCAGCUAUAAAAGGCAGCAAAUGAGGCAAGAGGCACUAAUGAAGACCGACCGCAGGAGACGUCGGCCUCGGGAAGAAGUGAGAGCACUAGAAGCAGAAAGGGAAGCUAUAAUAACUGAAAAACGACAAAAGUGGACAAGAAGAGAAGAAGCUGAUUUCUACCGUGUGGUGUCUACUUUUGGAAUUAUUUUCGAUCCUGUAAAACAUCAGUUUGACUGGAAUCAAUUCAGAGCAUUUGCCAGGCUUGAUAAAAAGUCCGAUGAAAGCUUGGAAAAGUAUUUUAAUGGCUUUGUGAAUAUGUGUAGACGAGUGUGCCGAAUGCCAGUCAAACCAGAUGAUGAACCGCCUGAUCUUUCCACUAUGAUUGAGCCGAUCACGGGAAGAACUUUAUAUCGCAUAGAACUGUUGCGGAAGAUCCGUGAACAGGUUCUCCAUCACCCACAGUUGGGGGAGAGGCUAAAACUUUGCCAACCAAGCUUGGACCUGCCGGAGUGGUGGGAGUGUGGUAAACAUGACAAAGACUUACUGAUUGGUGCUGCUAAACAUGGAGUCAGUAGGACAGAUUAUCAUAUUCUGAAUGAUCCAGAACUCUCUUUUCUUGAGGCUCAUAAAAACUUUGCUCAAAACAGAGGGAUGGGUAAUGCAAUUACUGUCUCUGUAAACCCUCUGGGUGCUGGCUGCAGUCAAACACCACCUGUUGUCCCAUCCACACCAGUACAAGAAGAAAAGACUACAGAACAAAUGGAGUCUAAAGUUGAAGGGUCUGAAAAUCCAGCAGCCAAAGAAAAGACUGAGAACAAAGAGGAGACAGAUAUUGCAGAUAAGGACACUAAACCGGACUGUGAUGCGGAGGCUGAGCCUAGCUCUGUUAAAUGUGAAGUGAAAGACAUAGAAAUGAGUACAGACGUAGACCCAAAAUCUAUUUCUGAGAAAGGUUCGGAAGAAGAUGAAGAGGAGAAGCUGGAUGAUGAUGAUAAAUCAGAAGAAUCCUCACAACCUGAAGCAGGAUCAGUUUCUCAGGGUAAGAAUUUUGAUGAAGAAAGCAAUGCCUCUAUGAGUACCGCAAGGGAUGAAACACGCGAUGGAUUCUACAUGGAAGAUGGGGAUCCCUCUGUGGUUCAGCUGCUUCAUGAGAGAACAUUCACCUUCUCUUUCUGGCCUAAGGACCGAGUAAUGAUCAACCGAUUAGACAACAUCUGUGAAGCAGUGCUGAAAGGGAAGUGGCCAGUAAAUAGGCGCCAGAUGUUUGAUUUCCAGGGGCUCAUACCUGGGUAUACUCCAACAGCUGUGGACAGCCCUCUACAAAAAAGGAGCUUUGCAGAGCUCUCCAUGGUUGGUCAAGCCGGCGUCAGCGGCAGUGAAGAUAUCACUGCUUCUCCUCAGUUAUCGAAGGAAGAUGCACUCAAUUUAUCGGUUCCACGUCAGAGGAGGAGGAGACGAAGAAAGAUUGAAAUUGAGGCUGAGAGAGCCGCCAAGAGGAGAAACCUUAUGGAAAUGGUUGCCCAGUUACGUGAGUCUCAGGUGGUCUCCGAAAAUGGACAAGAAAAGGUUGUAGAUUUAUCAAAGGCCUCACGAGAGGCAACAAGUUCUACCUCAAAUUUUUCAUCUGUUACUUCAAAGUUUAUCUUGCCUAAUGUCUCCACACCUGUGUCCGAUGCCUUUAAAACUCAAAUGGAGCUGCUGCAAGCAGGGCUUUCACGCACACCCACGAGGCAUCUACUAAAUGGCUCUUUAAUAGAUGGAGAACCACCCAUGAAGAGAAGGAGAGGAAGGAGGAAAAAUGUAGAAGGACUUGAUCUGUUAUUUAUGAGCAGCAAACGGACAUCAUUGACUGUAGAGGAUGCAGAAGUGACCAAAGCUUUUGAAGAAGAUAUGGAAACCCUACCAGCAAGGAACAUUCCAUCUCCUGGUCAAUUGGACCCAGACACUCGCAUCCCUGUAAUCAAUCUGGAGGAUGGGACCAGGCUGGUGGGAGAGGAUGCUCCUAAAAAUAAGGAUUUAGUUGAAUGGCUUAAAUUGCAUCCUACUUACACUGUAGAUAUGCCAAGUUAUGUACCAAAGAGUGCAGAUGUGCUGUUUUCCCCAUUUCAGAAGCCGAAACAAAAACGACACAGAUGUCGAAACCCCAAUAAACUGGAUAUAAACACUUUGACAGGAGAAGAAAGAGUACCUGUUGUAAAUAAACGAAAUGGAAAGAAGAUGGGUGGAGCUAUGGCCCCUCCAAUGAAGGACUUGCCAAGAUGGCUGGAAGAAAAUCCUGAAUUUGCUGUUGCUCCAGAUUGGACUGACAUUGUUAAACAGUCUGGUUUUGUUCCAGAGUCCAUGUUUGACCGUCUUCUCACUGGACCUGUUGUGAGGGAGGAAGGAGCAAGCAGAAGAGGAAGAAGGCCAAAAAGUGAAAUUGCCAAAGCAGCUGCAGCAGCUGCUGCUGUAGCAUCAACUUCGGGAAUCAACCCACUCCUAAUGAACAGUCUGUUUGCUGGAAUGGACCUCACAAGCCUCCAGAACCUACAGAACCUGCAGUCUCUCCAGCUCGCAGGCCUCAUGGGCUUCCCGCCAGGGCUAGCAACAGCUGCUACUGCUGCUGGGGGGGACACUAAAAAUCCGGCUGCCAUGUUGCCUCUGAUGUUGCCAGGGAUGGCAGGACUGCCCAAUAUGUUUGGACUAAGCGGAUUGUUGAAUAACCCGAUAACGGCUACUACUGGAAAUGCCACUACUACUUCUGGUCAAGGAGAGACUGGGGAUGGCACUUCAAAAGCUGAAGAGAAGAAAAAUGAGAACGAAGAGGAAAACAAAGACUCUGAGAAAAGCACAGACACUGUUUCUGCUACUGACUCUGCGAAUGGAUCUGUCAGUGCUGCUACUGCGGCGGUAACCACUACCACCACGACCAACACUGGAUUGCCCACAAACCCUCUGGCCUUCAAUCCUUUCCUGCUGUCUACCAUGGCUCCUGGCCUCUUCUAUCCAUCUAUGUUUCUACCUCCAGGACUGGGAGGAUUGACUCUGCCCGGUUUCCCAGCACUAGCAGGACUUCAGAACGCAGUGGGCUCCAAUGAAGAGAAGGCUACUGACAAAACUGAAGGAACUGCCUUUAAAGAUGAAGAAAAUCUCGAAGGCAGUGAUGCAGAGGAGAGCCUUGAUAAAACUGCAAAUUCCUCCGUUUUAGAAGAUGAAAUAGCACAGGGUGAAGAAUUAGACUCACUUGAUGGGGGGGAAGAAAUAGAAAACAAUGAAAAUGAUGAAUAACCAGUACCAGUUACAAUUAAAGUGUUUUAAACUUUUGACAAGUGGUAGUCCUACUGUUUACACUCACAGUUAAUGUCCAUACUUAGUUUUUAUAAGCUGUUCUGUAACAUAGUGUAGCAAAAAAAAAAAAGUUCAAGUCAUGUUAUACAGAUGUGUCAAAAGGUAUCUUGGUCAUUAAGUAUUGUGCAGUGCAUUAUUUAUUAUCCCUAGGAGAGAUGAAAUUUGAGAGGUGAUCAUGUCUUUUUAAGGAAAUUGACAUAAUGCUCUGCUUUUUUUUUGUUUUCUUUUGGUACCAUUGGUAUUAUGAAUUAAGCAGCAAUUUGUAAUCAAGUGGCACUAAUAGAAGGAAGUGCUGCUUAAAGGAAGGAUGAAGUUAUAUAUUUAAUUUUUUUAUUUUUAAUUUUUUUUUUUUUUUGCUGUGAAGGUCAAGAUGAAAUUUACCAUACAUAUCGUACUCGCGCUUCAUUUUGACUGUAUGGGAGUUCACCCGCUCACAUGCGCGCACACACCCACAGACACACUCUCUCUCUGACAAUCUUCAUGAUAGUGUGAAUGUCUCUGUCUCGAGACGCAGCAAUAAUAAGGCAGCUGUUGAAUGUGAAGAGUACCUUUUGGAAAUUAACCCGCAGAGAAGGUUCUUACAGGAUAAAGCUACAGUUUAAUCGUCUCGUGAUCUUGUAAUGCACUGGUAUAAACAAAAAGAAAAAAAAUCAGGUACCUUUUUUAAAUUAAAGGACUUUGUUACUUUAGCCACAAAGCUAAACAGCAUUACCUCAACUCUAAACUAGCCUUGAAGUUUACAGACAUGACUUUGUAAAUGUAUUGUUUUUCUUUGUUGUGAUGUCUUUUUAUUUUUUUUUUUUCUUUGGAAACUGCUAUCAUGUAAGAUAAGAUGUAAAUUGCUGCCAACUGUAGUAAUGAUGCUUUUAAUAAAAGUGACCCAUGAUAU